CUCUUUCAUAACUCUAAUUUGUUCAGGGUUUCUCUAUCUUCUCUGAAUAUGAGAGUUAUUGGAUCAUAUCUAGAGAUGGACACCCUAGAAAAUGAGCUAUCCAUAAAAGAACAAGUUCGAGGUGCAUUACAUAACAUGUUUGAAGUGAAGGCUCCAUCAAUUUGGCAAGAGCUGCUUACAAUGUCACAACCAUGGCUUUCCCUACUCAAUAUGAUUAUACUACCCCCUGCUUUAUUCCUGAUUCUGAAAAGCAUAAUGAGCUCACGUUCAUUUUGGACUUGCAUUAUAUCGGUUUUUUUCGUCGUUUCUAUGGUCACUACUUAUAACAGAAUAUAUCAGGAGAAGCUGGCACAGCGUAUGGCGGAAGCGAUGAACAGGAAAGCAGAUGCAUGUGCACCCAACAGUAUCUUGGAACAGUCUCUCGAAUAUCUUUCCAGUUUUAUUUUCUUCCGAAAGAAGUCCCCUUGUCUUGCCUUCAUUGAGUCUCAGACGGUCUCUCUAGUCGCUGAAAUAUCGCUGCUAGAUGUAUUCUCUGACGUCAUAUCCAACAGUAUAUUUGGUGUUCUUGGUAAUCUCGGUCGACAUACUAACCGAUUCUUUAGGGAGUUUUACGAGAAUGUACCCCUACCAGCCAUGUUAUUGAUGACCGUUACAUUGCAGCUCCUUUUAGAUUUUUGCGACUCAAGUUUAUCUAGCCUUUUUCCAGUUUUAUCAACCAUUCGUUACACAGCCGGUACUGUUGCCAGAUGUGUUGAAGGGUCUCGAUCUGCAAACGAAAGAAUUGAGCAAAACCAUCGGUAUAAAGCAGUCCGAGGUUCGAAAUUGGAAAAUCCUUUAUCUAAAUAG